CACUGCUACAGUUGGGAAGAAUGGCAUGACAAGCAGCCGUGGAGCAUACCAAGAUCUGCUGGACUGGGGGAGGCGAUAGUGCACGCUCACUUUUUCUCAUAUCUUCAGUUCAAACAACACAGGCUGCUUCUUCAAAGGCGUCCUGCGUUAACGCGAGCUGAGGUCCUGUCCUGGUAUUUUACUGCCACACUUUUACCACCCCCUGUUUCUGCUCAGUUGGGUCAUUCCACCCAGCAAUUCCACAUGUUAGCGUGAGUUGUUAGCUCUCAGGAGCUGCUGCUGCAGUUUUCCACUCUCAGUCGAUGCUGGACGGGACGUAUAAACGGGAUUAACGCUAUUAACUGGGCUCGUUUUGGAUUAAAUUGUCUUGAACGGAAUUGGCUGAUCUUUUUUUCGUAAAGGGCAGUUCACAUCAUACCAACAUUUUGAGGGAAAAAUGACGGUACAAAAGAAGAAAGACUAACCGGAGAGAAAAGGGGCAUCAAACCAGUUGUGAAACUGGUGUGCGUGUGUGUGAGGACUGGUACCAGUAGAACUAUAAGAGUAGGUGUUAACUAGUUAGUACCAGUACUGGAGUGAAAGGCAGCGAGAGAGCAGGGGCUCUGGGGGCAGAGCUCCACACAGGGGCGGAGUUUCUAGGAGGAAGUUGGCCAAACAUGAACAAAUUGCCGUUCCACAACAACAAGACCAUGCAGGACCGCCGUUGUGUGUGUGUGUUUCUCCCUAAUGAUGACACACUAAACGUCAUCGUUACUGUGAAGACUCUGUGUCAGGAGUUGUUGGUGCAGGUGUGUGAUCUGCUCCGGCUGAAGGACUGUCACCUGUUCGGCCUGACCGUUGUUCAGAACAAUGAGCACAUUUAUAUGGAGUUGGGACAGAAACUGUCCAAAUACUGUCCAAAGGAGUGGAAACGAGAGGCAAGCAAGGGAAUUGAUCAGUUUGGGCCUCCGAUGAUUGUACACUUCAGAGCACAGUACUAUGUGGAGAAUGGCAGGCUUAUCAGUGAUCGUACAGCGAGGUAUUAUUAUUACUGGCACUUACGGAAGCAGGUGUUGCAGUCGCAGUGUGUGCAGCGAGAGGAGGCCUAUUUCCUGCUGGCUGCGUUUGCUCUGCAGGCGGACCUGGGAAAUUUCAAACGGAAUAAGCACUUUGGCUCUUACUUCCAGCCUGAGGCUUACUUCCCUUCUUGGGUCAUCACUAAGAGAGGGCGAGAGUAUAUUCUGCGUCACAUUCCCAACAUGCAUAAGGAACAGUUUGCUCUGACUGCCUCUGAGGCUCAGCUGAAGUACAUCAAAGAAGCAGCUCUCCUAGACGACGUCACAGUCCACUACUACCGCCUCUACAAGGAUAAGAAAGAACUGGAGGCCUCUCUCACUCUGGGACUUACACUGCGUGGGAUCCAGAUCUUUCAGAAUGUGGGCAUGGUGAGGCAACUCCUGUAUGACUUCCCCUGGACGAACGUGGGCAAGCUUGUAUUUGUGGGGAAGAGGUUUGAGAUCCUACCUGAUGGCCUGCCCUCUGCCAGGAAGCUCAUCUACUACACCGGCUGUCCUGUUCGUUCCCGCCACCUCCUACAGUUGCUUAGCAACAGCCACCGCCUGUACAUGAAUCUUCAGCCUGUACUUAAGCAGGUCCGGCGCCUAGAGGAGAAUGAAGAGAAGAAGCAGUAUCGGGAGUCGUAUAUAAGUGACGCUCUGGAGCUGGACAUGGAGCAGCUGGAGCAGCGUUCCCGCGCGAGUGGCAGCAGCAUGGGGAGCGUCUCACGCCAGAAACGCUUCUCACGACACUCCACAACCAGCCACAGCAGCUCACACACCUCAGGCAUUGACACCGACAGUUUCCGCACUCCAGCGCACACACCUCACCGACCGCUGCGCACACACUCCUCCUCCAACACAAGCCAUGCCAGCACACACACGUCUGGCAUUGAGAGCAGUAGCAAGGAGCGGUGCCUGGAUGAUGAGGAGAUUGAGAUGUUGGUGGAUGACCCAAAAGACUUUGAGGAGCUGCAUGAGUUAGCACUGGAUCUCAGUCAAGACCUCUGCAUUCACAUCACUGAGGACAUGCUAACAUCUGCGCAGAGCAAUGGAUACUCUGGUUUAGUGGUGAAAGAAGUGAGCUCAUCAACAUCAAGUUCUUCUGAGACUGUGGUGAAGAUGAGAGGCCAAAGCAUCGAGUCCCUUCCUCAGACUGUGUCAGAAAGGAAGUCUCAGAACUCCACAGAUCGGCACAGCCAGUCACUGGAUGAUGUGCGUCUAUACCAGAGGAAUUGCCAAGAGUGGGCGGAGCUCUGUGAAGACACCGCUCACAGUUACACAUUUGGGUGUAAUGAGGAGCUUAGCGACGGCUGCGGCUACCAGGGACUUGCAGAGCAGUGCGCUGGGAUCCGAGACAACCAGCACCCUUACCCCAUCAAAAGAACCAACAAAUACUUCUCCCUGGACCUGACCACAGAGGAGGUGCCUGAGUUUGUUGUGUGAGAAAACGAUCAAAGAAAACCUAAAAGAUGAUGGAAGUGUUUGUGUGAAAGAGUGGAGAAGAUAUGCGAUAUAAUGUGAUGGAGCUGCUGAUUUCAGCCUUUGAACUCAAAGGAAGUGAAAGGGAACCUGCGCCAGUCUGUCUUACCAGUCAGCUGCUUUAACCAAGAGUGAACUCAUCCCGGCCAACAUGCUCAUGAUGGGCUCACAUGGGUGGAAGGUGUGAUAGGUGGGUUCAAGGUGGGCAUGGGCUCUGAGUGGGUUCAUUCAUGUGUUUUGGGCUGGGCUACCCAAACAGGCCCCAUCAUCUCAGCCCACUGUUAAACCACUUGGGUCCCAUCUAGGCUCUACUUGCAGUGUAACGCCCAUAUAAGGGUCAAUGUUUAACCCCUAAGUCCCAUCACUGACUCUGGUGGGGCCAAUCACUGACAUCCAUAUGAGGGGCCAACAUGAAACCCAUGGACAAAACCUACUGGGUUCCAGUUGAGCGACCCACACAGGCCCCUCAUGGUCAUGUUACUUAGAUUAUCUAGCAGUGUGUGUGAGUGUGUAUGAUGGUUUGUCUGUCUGUCUGUCUUUGCAUGCUAAUCCAAACGAGAUUUAAUUUCAUGUAUAUUAAAGUAACCACUGAUACUGGACCUUAAUGCAGAGUCCACACACACACACACACACUUGCAUAUACACACUCUGACAUGUUUGUGUGGUGUAAAAGCAGGUUAAGUGAAGGACGCUGCCACUAUGAGAUUAGGAGAACAAUGUAAGAGUCCACAAUAGUGUCAGGUUGUGUGUGUGUGUGUGUUUCACAGUGUUUCAAAGAAAGUGUAUACAGUAUAUGAUUAUUUCAGAUAGUCUCGAUCAAACAAUAUGAGCUAUGAACCAAAGACAAGAAGCACUCCGUGUUCAAUAUGAAAAGGAGUAUAUAGCCAUAUCAUCAAUGUUUGAGGAUAGGAAGUGCGUGUGUGUGUGUGUGUGUGUGUGUGUGUGUGUGUGUGUGUGUGUGUGUGUGCGUGUGCGUGUACAUUGUGUUCUAAGGUUGGCCGCUCUCACUGAACCACAUGUGCCUUUGUUACUCUAUGCAAAUUCUUAGACCCAUAAACUGUUCCCUGAUCUCCUCACCCUUGCCCCUUGCAAGUUCAUUUACACAAUGCCAAGGAAACAAGCAGAGAUUACUCUUUGUUAUGUGUGUGUGUAUGUGUGUGUGUUAGUGUCAGAGAGAGUAAGUGAGGAUCACAUUGGAGACAAAAAAAAAUCCAAGACUAAAAAAACAUUUAGUAUAAAAGUUUCAAAUAAAGUUUUAAAUUUAGAUGUUUUUACACUGUAAGAAUAUUCACAGUCUAGGUAAAAUAUCUUCACUGUCACUCAUAAACUUUGCCUUUCGAUUUUUGUCAUUUCUGAUUCUUGGAUAAAACUUAAAUUUGGCAGUUGUUCUACAUGUUAUAUCCCAAUUUCAUGAUUAAUGAACCAGCAGUAAUGUUAAAUAAUGCAUGGGAAUUAAAUAUUUUUCUUAGAAAGAUUUUCUUUCUUCUACAAAUUGUUUUUGGCAUGAUAGCAUGAUACACUGUCACGCAAAAACCAUGUAUCUCAAUUUUUGAAAUUUGAAUCCGACAGUUGUUUUUUAUAUAGUGUCGAAAUCUAAUAAUUAAUUAACCAAUAGAUCCAUACAGACUUGAAAUUGUUUCUUUUUAUACUGAAAGUUAAGAAAAGUUUGUAAUGGGGAUACACAGCUGAGUAGCUGCUGAAUGGGUGGGACAAUUGGCCUAGCUACAUUGGGAGAAAAAAUGAAGAAAAUCAGAAAUAAAAAUUAUUUAUAAAAUGAAAACAAACUGUAGUGUUCAGUUGAUUUAACACUAUUGAUGUAACAGCAUGAUGUAACACUGACACAUUUGUUGUGUAGAAAAUAACCUACAUGAAAUAUUUAAAUUGACUUACUGUAAAGUUGCUGUUUAUGUGUGACAGUGAAAAUAUGAAUACAUAAUAUUGCAUUGACUGUUUUUGUUUAAUAUUUAAUAUUAGAUUCAUAUGCAAUGAACCCAUUUGCUUUGACCCAUUUGAAUUAUAUAAAGUCAAUUGGCCAGUGCAAACAGCUAACCUGUGUAUGGCUGCUCUGUGGCAAGACAUAAAUAAGCUUCCAAAGAGAGGGGAGUGUUAUGAACUCGCUGUAGACACAACAAACGUAGCCACAGACACACAGGGUUAUAAAUCAGUGUACUUCUGUGCUCAGAGUGUAAUUGAUGAACUCUUAGAUUGAAGUGGUAAAGAACAGAGACUGAGGAAUGGCUAGUGCUGGAGUCUCAGCCAGAGCUGUGCCUGAAAGGUCUGAGUAGAGACAUUAAACUAAAAGGGAAGCUCAUUUUGGGUUUCAUAUUCAGCAGCCUUUAAUAAAAAACUGUCCUGGUAACCUGUGUUUUUAUAAUCAAGACCAUAAGCUUUUCUUUCUCUGUCAAUUCUUUUAUAAACUGGAAAUUAUAAUAUAAAGUGUGUUUUUGAAAAAUUUGUAAACUGUAAUGCAUGAACUGUUGCUGUGAGCCUGAGAGCCAUAUGUUUUUUUUUUUGUUUAAGUCUCAGGGCCCUAUUUUAGCGAUGUAUAGGUGAGACGUGUGAUUGCACAUCACACAGCUGGAUUUAGGGCAUGUCAAUGUGUCUUUGGCAUUGUGAGAACACAAAAAGCACACAUUGAGCAGCUCGAAACACGCAAAAGGCAUAAACUAAAUCUCUUUAUAAAUAAUAUAUGUGUUUUGGGCAGAAUGGGAAAUAAAGCAAUCAGUGUUUCACUUCUCAUUCCCUUUAAGAGGCAGGUGCACUCUGAUUUUGGCGUGUUGGUAUCUUAACAGUGCAGCGCUUUGUGUGUGGCAGCAGAGGAUGAUAACCUGCCCGUUCAUGCUGUAAAGGUGUGCCAGUAGGUAAUGGGAACAGCAUUGUUAUUUUAUUUGUAUUUUGUUUAUUGUUGAUGUAAAAGUUGGGUUUGUGCACUGCAGUGCGUCAGUGUGUGUAAAGAGCAGACGGCACACCUGUGUAGCUAAGACAUCGGGUGACUAUUGACUGUGUUUUCCACUGCCAAGAUAGAAACAUGCCAGAUGUUUACCUGAACACACCUCACUUCCAGCCCACCAUAAAUAUAAUCUGAAAGUCCAACGCCAUUUUAACAGCGCGGGCGCAAGGCGUGAAAAUAGACUGUUAACGGGGUGUGAGACAGCAAUGAGCAUCGCACAAUAGGGCCCUCAGUGUGCCAUAUGUCAGUAUUAUUCCUGAAUGGAAGUCAGUAUUAGAAAUCACUUUCCUCCCAUUUUUACCAGUCUGUGUAUGUAAGAGUGAGUUGUAUGAAAGUUUGUAUGUGUGCGUGCUCAGUAUGGAAUUAGCCAAUAACCUGUCAAUAAUGUAUCAAUAACUGAUGAAGAUUUUGCAGCUGAACCUGUGAGCAAUACAUCAUUCUCUCACCAAUAAUAUCAGAGUGUGCAGUCACUAAAAAAACACACUCCUUUCUGCUUGUUUUAGAAAAUACUACAUAGAGCUCUCUCUCUCUCUCUUCCAUGUUUUUUUUUAUUUUAUUUUGUUUGUUUGUUAUUAUUAUUAUUAUUAUUAUUAUUAUUUUGUAAUGUGGGUCAUCAGCAGCACUUUUCAAUGCUUUCAUGCAUGUGGGCGUUCAGUUCAGGUUCUUGUACAUUCUUUUGAAUAGCAGUGCAUCCUCUGUAGUGGUGCAGUUGUUCCCCCAUGGCCCUGAUUCUGUGAUCCAUACUUUAUAUUACUUUAGAGUGACCGUACAGUUCUCACUCUUUUUCUCUCAGACUUUACAUUUGUUAACACAGUAAACAUUUCUAUAAUAUAUGUUUCUUACAUUUCGAUCAGUUAAUAAAACUGCAGUUUAUAAAAAAUGACCGAUAAAUCAGAUAUCUAACGUUGUAUUCUGAUAUGUGAUGUUUUCUCUCCUGCUGGGAUUAAAAAAAACUCUUUUUAGGAUUUAUUUUGGUAUGUGUCCCUCAAGAGCUACUGCACAAGCAAAAUAUAACUGGACUGAACCAUAACCAAGUUCUGCCUACAGAUAAUGUCCACGUCUGUUCUUCUCCCUCUUUUAUUUGUCUGUCUGCAGUUCGUUACAGCCCUUUCUGUGAAAGGAAAUUCCCUUGUAAAAAAAAAACAAAAGUAAAGCAAAUUAUUUUUUCUUUUUUUUCUUUUGUAAGCCCUUUUGAUUGAUGCUUUUGUUCCCAUUAUGAAGUGUGGUGCGUGCCUUGCUGGUACUAAUGUCCUCAAAUGUACGCAAUAAAAGGUACCUUCGUUUUACAAAAA